AUGAUCAUAAAUUACAAUUAUAAAACGCCAAAAGAGGUGAGUGAGUGAUCAUCUUGUUUCUUUCUCGGUUAUCUUUCCUCUCUGUAUUGUUUUCACAGUGUUAGUAAUGGGAAAGUUCUCUUUUCCUUCAUGGUGCUUCUCCUGCACUUGCUUCUCAUCCUCUUCACUUCCUCAGGAAGAAACCAUUGCUGGACCUUCUACCCUUCCACCAUCUUCUCCACAAUCAGUAAAUGCUGGGCCUUCUACUACUCCAUUAUCUUCUCAACCUUCUCCACAAUCAGUAAAUGUUGGACCUUCUACCCUUCCACCAUCUUCUCCACAAUCAGCAAAUCCCGGACCUUCUACUACUCCAUUAUCUUCUCAACCUUCUCAACAACCAGCUAACGCUGGACCUUCUACUACCACUCCAAAGGAUUUGGAGACAUUUCUACAUAAAUUCAAUGAUGUAAGACAGCUUCACGAUCUGAUUAAGUUUGUCGAACAUCUAUUGAAGAUCGCGUCGGGAGAGAAGAAGGAAGAAGGAUCUAGUUCCGAAGUAAAUUCUUAUAUCCAGGAUGGCCAAACACUACUGGCGUUUGUAGAUAAACACAUUGGCAAACUUCCUCAAGAGAAGGAUUCCAUAGACGGCUUAGGUGCAGAGACGCAGAAAGUUCUCACAGAUUUGCUCAAAGGCGCUGGGAAAAUUCACUGGGUGGGGGCAGCACUUUCUAUGGUGGGAUUUGCAUUGGCCAGAUAUAAUGAGAUGUCUAACAACCAGAGAGAGUGCCUUGAAAUUUUGAAAGCUAUGGUUAAUCUUGGGAAGCAAAUAGUGGAGUUGAAUGAACAAAUUCCAGAGCAGAAGCAGAAAUUGAACGAGGCAGUGGAGUGCAUCGUUGUAGGAUGCAGCAUCUGCACCUCCCAAUUUACAGCAGCCAAAACAUACAGAUUUCUUACUGCAUCAGUCAAUGCCCAGAGUUUAAAGGCUUUCCAAGAGAGAAUAGACCGCCUGUACAACGAUCUUCAAUUGUGGGGUAUCAUUCAAAUAAACAAAGAACAGCCAAAGUUCGCUCCCCCGUCACAGGACCACAUUGAAGACAAACCAGCAGUUGGAAUCGACAGUGCACGAGAAGAAGUAAUCCGACUUCUAGAUUUGAGUGCACAGCAUACAUCACCGCAAGCUGUGGUUGUGGUUGUCCAUGGUUUCGGAGGAAUCGGCAAAACAACUCUGGCCGAUAAUGUUUAUAAAAAAAUCGACCUCCAAAGUUAUAAGCAGUGCAGAAUUCACAUGCUUCAACAUUGUACAGAGAAUGAUCUGAAAUCCCUCCAAGAACAGAUUUUGAAUGAUUUGUUCAAGCAGAAGCUGAUGUUGAGAGACUGUGACGAAGGACGGGGAAUGAUCUGCUCUUAUUUCAGAAACAAUUCUAAUCAGCCUCUAUUUCUGUAUAUCGACAAUGGACUCCAAAGAGAAGAUCUGAAGAAACUUCUACCUGCAAACUUGGGCAGCUGCCUUCCACCCAACAGCAGAAUACUUCUCACUACCCGAAAUCUCCGGGAGACGGACAUCUUUGUCUCCUGGAAAAUUGAACGCCAAGCAUAUGCGGUGAGCCCUCUUCCAUCGCCAGAGGCAAGAAACCUUUUGCUGACGAAUGCUUCCGAGUACAAUGAUGAAAGGAACAUAAAGAAGCUGCUUAAGCUUUGUGGUGGUGUUCCGCUUCUGCUUGAUUUAAUUGGUUCGCAGCUGGCUAUAAGUACUAAAAAUGCAAAUAAUAUAGAAAUAUUAGAGAUGAUUAGAGAAGGAGAGAAGGUGGAAGACGAAGAUAUCACCGACCGUAUGGUUGAUUUUGUCUACCAUAGAUUGUCGCCACGUGUCAAAGAGGCCUUUCUGGACAUCGCAUCCUUCUUUUAUAAGAGGCCGAGUGUACAUGUGGCAUACUCUGUUGGAGAGCAGGAAUUCAGAGCUCUAGAAGAGGCGUCAUUCGUCAAGACAGAUGAACGUGGCAGGGUGAUUGUUCAUGACAUAGUUCGAGCAAGAGGGAGAAAGAUGUCAGAGGGGAGCAGAAUCACAGACCGUGAGAGUUUAUUGGAAUGUUUGAAAGAUGAAGAGAAACUCAGAAACUUAAAAGGCAUCUAUUUUUAUGAACCAUCCGAGCAGCCUCCGAUAGAAAUUAAUGAAUAUCACCUGAAUUGUAUGAGUAAUUCGUUAAGAAUACUAUUUUAUACAAAAGCAUCGCAAAUAACAUUAACGGGGAAAUGUCAUAAACCAUUCAAACAACUCAGAUACCUCACACUUCCGAGUGACAUUCCUGAUUUACCAAUGGAGUUUGAGAAACUAGAGCAUCUUUUCUUCUACGAUGGCCCAUUGACGCAAGGCAUGAGUUUGUACGAGCUUCCUCCAACUCUGCGUUACAUGUGCAUUACAAAUAUAAUUUCGUCUGAGAAUGGAGUUGCAAAUUCUAAAAUUCCUUCCAAGGACACUCCACCUAAUUCCUCGCUUGGAGAAUUGUGGUUUUUAAGUAUUCCAACUAUGGAAAGGUUACCUGAUGGAGUGGAGAAGCUAACAAAGUUAGAGAUCUUACGGAUAUAUGAUUGCCCUAAGUUGAUGGAACUUCCUUCCAAAAUCGGAGACCUCAGCAAUUUGGAAAAAAUAGGAUUGGUCGAGUGUCGUGGCUUAGAAGAAUGGCCAUCAAGUUUUGGAAAUCUCUCAAAAUUGAAAACAUUAAGCUUGGCAGGCUGUUCUCCAAAAUUAAAAGAAUCAUUGCCCCACAAUAUAAAAGAAAAAUGUAAUAUAUAAUAUUAUUAAAUAUUUUUUUCAACAACUCA